CCAAAGAAGAUAAUGAGUAAAUGAUUUUUCCGUUGGUUCACAAUUCACAUGUCAAGACCAUCUUUAUUUUUUCUCCAACUCAAUCCAUAAACGCUACCGCCCACGCCGACGAAGAAUCCGGCACCGGAACAAGUUUCCAUCCUUCACGUUCAUGAGAAACAAAGGCAUGGUUUGUUAAAAGGGAUGAAGAUGAAGUUUUCAGGGUAUUCAGUUUCUGUUUCAUUUUCUCCUAUGAGUUCCAAUUUCAUCAAAGGUAGUUGUAGAUUUCCGGCGAGUAUAUUUCGAAGAAACCGUAGAAAUUUACGCAGUUCAAGGUUCUUUUCUGUGAAACAAGAAGCAUAUGAUAAACAUGGGGUGGUUGCCAAACACUAUCUUCCUCCUUGGUUUAGUGUUGCUCCAAUGAUGGACUGGACAGAUAAUCACUAUAGGACUCUAGCCCGCCUCAUAUCAAAGCAUGCUUGGCUGUACACCGAGAUGCUUGCAGCUGAAACCAUUGUUCAUCAAAAGGAUAAUCUGGACAGAUUCUUAGCAUAUUCUCCAGAACAACAUCCCAUUGUGCUACAAAUUGGAGGGGGUAAUGUAGAAAAUUUGGCAAAAGCAACCGAACUUGCUAAUGCUUAUUGCUAUGAUGAGAUCAAUUUAAACUGUGGAUGCCCUAGUCCUAGAGUAGCUGGACAUGGGUGCUUUGGUGUGCGUCUUAUGCUUGACCCAAAGAAAAGUUUGUUGCCGAGGCUAUGUCUGCAAUUGCUGCAAACACAAAUGUACCUGUCAGUGUCAAAUGUCGAAUUGGUGUGGACGAUCAUGAUUCUUACGAUGAACUGUGAUUUCAUAUUCAAGGUUUCUUCUCUAUCACCCACUAAGCAUUUCAUAAUUCACUCAAGGAAGGCGCUGCUCAACGGCAUUAGCCCAGCUGAAAAUAGAAGUAUUCCUCCACUGAAGUAUGAAUACUUUUAUGGCCUUUUACGCGACUUUCCAGAUUUAACAUUUACUAUAAAUGGGGGUAUUGCUAGUAUUGAUGAGGUCAAUGCAGCACGAGAAGCUGGGGCUCAUGGUGUUAUGAUUGGACGUGCAGCAUACAAUAACCCUUGGCAUAUAUUGGGACAUGUUGAUACUGCAAUUUACGGUGCACCGAGCUGUGGUCUUACUCGUCGUCAGGUUCUUGAAAAAUAUAUAGUCUACGGGGACUCGAUGUUGGGCAAAUACGGACAUAAGCCUACUGUACGAGACAUUGUGAAGCCUUUACUCAAUCUUUUCCAUUCAGCGCCCGGGAAUGGACUUUGGAAGCGCAAUGCGGAUGCUGCUUUCCGAAAUUGCACGACAAUAAAAUCUUUUUUUGAAGAAACACUUGUAGCAAUUCCUGACUCGGUAUUGGAUUCGCCUAUUUCGGAACCAUCUCCUGGCAGCAGAGAUCUGUUUGCUAAUAUAGACAGUUUACUGCCUCCUCCAUACCAAACAAGAGAAGAGGCUAUUAUAUGCGCAUAGGUUCUCGUGUACUCUGAAAAACCAAGUUGUAGUAAUUACUAUUUUUUGUGAAAUUAAGUCAUAGGACUCAUGUAACAGUUCACAUUAAUACAACCAAAAUGUAUCAGUUAUAUUUUGUAAAUUAUUGACUUCUAAAUGGAAUCUAUUCGAUUAGAUGUAGAAGCCUUAAGCAUAACAUAGUUGGUUGGAUUAAAAUUC